GCCUUCACCAUGGACAGGGUCAGAAGUGGACAAAUACUAAACAGGUCAAACAUGAGGACACUGAACAUAUCUGAACACAAGGCUUGGAGUCACUCUGCCCUCAUUCAACAUCAAGGGUCAUAUAGUAUUUUCAAGCCAUGCUCCAGGACCCGCCUCGCUAUGUGAUUGACAGAGCUGUGUACAGCCUCCCAGACUUUGAGCGAGAAUAUGACAAGAAGAGUCGACAGUUCCCCAUUGAUGAGAAAGUAAAAAAAUUCUUCAGAUGUUCAGGGGCCAGACUCCGGGCCCUCCUCUUCCGGCUCUUUCCCAUUCUAAGCUGGCUGCCCCGGUACAAAUUGAAAGAGAACCUGCUGUGUGAUGUGAUCAGCGGGGUCAGUGCUGGGACCAUACAGGUGCCUCAAGGGAUGGCAUUUGCUCUGCUGGCUAAUCUCCCUCCUGUCAACGGCCUGUACUCAUCUUUUUUCCCCCUCAUCCCGUACUUCUUCAUGGGCACGGCUCACCAGAUGGUCCCAGGAACCUUUGCUGUGCUCAGUAUUAUGGUGGGAAUCGUGUGCUCUGAUCUGGCUCCAGAGUCACACUUCACUCACUUCAAUGAGACUUUAAACAGAACGGUAGUGGACACAAUGCGCAUGGGGGAAGUCCGACUGGUUAUAUCUGGAACAUUAGCUUGUCUCACAGCUAUUAUACAGGUUGGCCUUGGCUUCCUGCAGUUUGGUUUUGUAGCGAUUUACCUGUCCGAAUCUUUUGUGAGAGGUUUUAUGACGGCAGCUGGACUACAGAUCCUCAUAUCUGUGCUCAAAUAUAUCUUUGGGAUAAAAGUUCCCCCUUACAGUGGUCCUUUGGCUGUGGUCUAUACCCUUUGGGAUAUUGUUUGUGGUCUUCCUAAAACCAAUAUCGCUUCACUCCUCUUCGCUCUGGUCAGCGCUGUGGUUCUGAUUGUGGUGAAGGAGCUGAGCGCCCGCUACAGACACAAGCUCCCAUUUCCCAUUCCUAUGGAGAUUAUCAUUGUAAUUGUGGCCACAGCUAUUUCUGGUCCUCUGGAUCUUCCAGAGAUCUAUAAUAUGACCACCGUGGGGGAGAUCCCCUUGGGUUUUCCAGCUCCAGUCCUGCCCACAGUGAGUCAGUGGAGUGACAUGUUAGGUACAGCGUUCUCUUUGGCCAUAGUGGGAUAUGUCAUAAACCUGGCCAUGGGGCGGACUCUAGCAGCUAAACAUGGAUACGAUGUGGACCCUAAUCAGGAAAUGUUAGCUUUGGGCUGCAGUAAUCUUCUUGGGGCCUUUUUCAAAAUCCAUGUGAUCUGCUGUGCUCUGUCUGUGACUCUGGCAGUGGACAGCGCUGGGGGAACCUCACAGUUUGCGAGUUUGUGUGUGAUGCUGGUUGUGAUGCUGACCAUGCUUGUUAUGGGAGCUUUCCUAAGUCCACUGCCCAAAUCUGUGCUCGGAGCUCUGAUUGCUGUGAACCUAAAGAACACCAUCCUCCAGCUCUCCGACCCAUACCACCUGUGGAAGAAGAGCAAGCUGGACUGUUUUAUUUGGGUGGUGUCAUUUCUGGCCACGUUCUUUCUCAGUUUACCAUAUGGAGUUGCUGUUGGGGUGUCUACCUCAAUUCUUGUUGUGAUUUUCAAAACACAAUUUCGUAACGGUUCGACAGUGGCACAAAUAGGUGAAACUGACAUCUACAAAAACCCUAAAGAGUAUAGUAAAGGUACAUCUUUAACUGGUAUCAAAAUCGUCAACUUCUGCUCCCCUAUUUAUUUUGCAAAUGCAGAGAUGUUUCGGCUGAGGGUCAUUAAAAAGACUGGGUUUGAUCCAGGGAAACUGCUCCUGACCCGUCAGAAGUUCCUGGAGAAAGAGCGAAAAGAAAAGGCUCAAGAAGAGAAGAAAGAGAAUGUGAGGAGGAGGACUGUCAUCUCUUUAGUGACUAUGAAGACUCAGACCAUAUCCCAGCUUGAUCUCCAAAAUGACUUUGACCUCGGGGAGGGUAGUCCUCCCCCAGCGGACCCUCCCACCAGCUACAUAAACUUCGGCUGCAGAGAGAAUGAGGAGCCUGGGCAGAGGGAGACCCCGGACCCCCCCAGCCCCUCUCUGCAGCCCCACCCGGUCCCCUUCCACACUCUGAUCCUGGACAUGGCUGGAGUCUGCUUCAUCGAUCUCAUGGGGAUCAAAGUGCUGAUUAAGAUGAACACCAGCUACAAAAAGCUGGGCAUCCGUUUAUAUCUGGCCAACAUUCAAGCUCAGGUGUACCAGGAACUAGAGGAAGGAGGGGCUUUUGAAGAAAUCUCCCGCAGUGAUAUUUUCCUUUCUGUGCAUGAUGCAGUUCUUUUUGCUCAGCGGACGGCAGCUGAGAGAGACAAGGAGGAACAACUGGCAGAAGACCUUGACUUUGAAUUUAAUGAUGAAACUGAUCUGGAAAAGAAAAUGUUUGAUGAAUAACCAUUGUUCAAACAAUUAUCCAUUAUCCAUAUGUUUCUGUAAAACUUCCUUUUUCUUACCAUAUGCUACUGCAUGGUUUGUAAUGUACAUACUCAUUUAAACUACACUUCACAAGUUUAUAAUGAUUUCUGUACUGACUAAAUAUUGA